CCAACCACUCCAUGUCAAGUGGAGGCGGACGGAUGUGAGCGCGCCCACGCCGCGUACACGCGCACCUGCAUUCUGGCAUUCAUGGUGACGCAUCCACGCAUGGCUGGCGAUGCGCAAGAGACAGAUGCAGGUCCACCAGGAAGCCGCCGCCAGUGUCCUGCAGGCCCGCCACAGGAUGGCCAACACCCCCGGCAACGCCUCCAACGCCUGCUGCUUCUGCUGGUGCUGCUGCUGUAGCUGCUCCUGUUUGACUGUUCGAGGCGAGGACGAGACGAUACAAAGGUCCGCUUGCGAUCGUAGGAGCGAAGGAGCCAACUGUGAAGAGAGCCCCGAGCCCACCCUGGAGGACGCGCGGUCCUGGACCACGUCCUUCGAGAAGGUGAUGAGGAGCGCGGCGGGGCGAGGCUGCUUCCGGCAGUUCCUGCGGACAGAGUUCAGCGAGGAGAACAUGAUGUUCUGGCUGGCCUGCGAGGAACUGAAGAAGGAGACCAACAAGACGGUGGUGGAGGAGAAAGUGCGGCAGAUCUACGAGGACUUCAUCUCCAUCCUGUCGCCCAAAGAGGUGAGCCUGGACUCCCGCGUGCGCGAAGUGAUUAACCGCAACAUGCUGGAGCCCACCUCGCACACCUUCGACGACGCCCAGCAGCAGAUCUACACGCUGAUGCAGAGAGACUCGUACCCGCGCUUCAUCAACUCCGGCGCCUACACGGACCUGCUCAAGAGCCUGGAGGAGCCUCCCCCUCUUCCUCCUCAGAAGCCAUAGAAGCCUCUGCUCGCUCACACAAUUUAGCUUUAAGAAGAAAAAAACAAACGGCGCAUGUGUCUCCUCGGCUGAACAACGCUUGUUUAUCCAGCCGCGGUUAGCUCAGCAGACGAGAACAAGUCUAUUUUUCUAUCCUCCCUAGCGCUUCUUGACAUUGCACUUUUCUACCUUGUUUCAAGAGGGCCAGCAUGUAUCUAUUUAUCUAUAUACCCAACAUUCUGCUGUGUCUCGGUCUGUGGUGAGCCUUAAACGCGUUAGCCCUUCUCGUAGGAACUUUUGAUUUACCGCAAUCUUAGGAGGAAGAAAAGUGCCUUGGAAUAAGAUCUUCAACACGCGCACCUUUGAGACUAUCAGAGAAAAGGUGCCACACGUUGACUUCACAACACGUCGGUGCUUUCUGAUCUUCUCCAGCUUUCAUACCUGGAAAUAAUAAUAAUAAUAAUAAUAAAUAGAUCUCGUCCGUGCGUUUCAAUACUGUGAUGAUUUUCGACGACGACAACAAACAUGGCUGCCGUAUAUAGUUAUUGUAUUGGGGAGGUUUGUUCAAAUAAAAGCACAAUCAUGUUUUUGUC